UGCAGCUCCACUCCGGGCGCGUCUCUGUGCGCGUGUGUCUGUUUGGAGAAGAGAGGCUUGGGUGACAGGCAAGGGGUAGGGCGAAGAGUUCAGUUUUAGUCGCCGGCUCAUUCACCGAUUUCUCAGCGGCUGGACGGAGGCCGCCUCGCCAAGCAGCUUCCAACUACUCCUGCACCUACAUAGUCCCCACCUUCCUCUGCUCCAUUCUCAGCCAGGCAGACUGACCGACAGACUCUCUAAUUGGCACCUUCACGCCCGAGGUGUCCCAAGCCCAGGAGGCCCGGAUCCGGUGCCCCUGGGGCAGCCAGACGGGAUGUCGUGCGGACAGCGGUGCUAACUAAGUGCCUCCACGCUGGGAGCCAGGCGCACUGGCUCCUGGCCACCGGCCGAGCGGCGGCGGCGGCGGCGGCGGGGAUGAGCCCCGGACUCCCCAGGCGCCUGCCGCGAGCUACCGCCCCGUGGUGGACGCCACGCAGGGUUCCUCGCUGGACAGCGCGAACCCUUUCUCGCCGGGGCACGCGGCUGCGGAGCUCAGGGCCGCGCCUGCUGUCAGGAUGCCCUGGGCGCCUCCCUGUUGGUGAGGAUGCCCUGCUGUGAGGUUCUGCCAUCCCUAUUCCUGGUCUCAAGCGGGCGCGACUGAGCUGGCCGGGCUUUAGCCCCUUGCGCCGGUGGAUGAAAAGAGCUGGAGUCCUCGUGUGCGAUCAGCGAUCGAAUCUGAAUUCUAAGAGCCAUGGACGAAAGUCCUGGGCCGCAGCAGCCCCCGGGGAAAGAGCAGCUGGAGGCACCAGUCCCAGAAGGAGCUGUCCAAGAGAAGUUUGAGCCAGAGACCUUCAGGUCCAAGAGUUUACCGGUCCUGAACAGCGCCUCCUGCCGGCCGAACCUCAGUCCUGAGAGUGUAGACUGCAAGGCGGCCUUUGGCUGUAAGGAUUCUUUAAGCCACCAGAAGUCCAAGCAAGGCCGGAACCCGUUGGCCCCCAGUCCUUCUGCCCCAUCCACUUCGGCUGGGAUGGCAGGACUCGUGGACUGUACCCACAGGAAGGACGUGAGCAAAACCGUCUCGGUGUCCUCCACCCUGGCCACACUCCAGGAGAGACCGUGCCUGCAUGUGGUCCUCACUGAUUCCCGCUGCUUCCUGGUUUGUAUGUGCUUUCUGACCUUCAUCCAAGCGUUAAUGGUCUCUGGGUACCUGAGCAGUGUCAUCACCACCAUUGAAAGACGCUACAGUUUAAAGAGUUCUGAGUCGGGGCUGCUGGUCAGCUGCUUUGACAUCGGGAACCUGGUGGUGGUGGUGUUCGUCAGCUAUUUUGGGGGCCGGGGUCGGCGGCCCCUGUGGCUGGCGGUAGGUGGACUUUUCAUUGCCAUCGGAGCUGUCCUCUUCGCCUUACCUCACUUCAUCUCGCCUCCCUACCAGAUCCAGGAGUUGAACGCCUCGGCGUCCAACGAUGGCUUGUGCCAGAAUGGCAACUCCACGACCGCUUCGGAGCCUGCCCCCUGUCCCAAGGACUCGGGAGGUAAUAGCCACUGGGUCUAUGUGGCUUUAUUCAUCUGUGCACAGAUUCUCAUUGGAAUGGGCUCCACGCCUAUUUAUACCCUGGGACCAACCUACUUGGAUGACAAUGUUAAGAAAGAAAAUGCAUCCUUGUACCUAGCCAUCAUGUAUGUCAUGGGAGCACUUGGCCCUGCAGUGGGAUAUUUAUUAGGUGGACUUCUUAUUGGUUUUUAUGUUGAUCCCAGAAAUCCUGUUCACCUUGACCAGAAUGACCCUCGUUUCAUUGGAAACUGGUGGAGUGGAUUCCUCCUUUGUGCCAUUGCAAUGUUUCUUGUGAUAUUCCCAAUGUUUACUUUUCCAAAAAAGCUUCCACCUCGGCACAAGAAAAAGAAAAAGAAAAAAUAUUCUGUUGAUGUCGCUAGCGAUGAUGAUGUUAUGAAGGAGAAAUCAAACAAUAGUGAACAAGUGGACAAAAAAGUGUCUUCAAUGGGAUUUGGAAAGAAUGUCAGAGACCUACCAAGAGCAGCUGUCAGGAUCUUAAGCAACAUGACAUUCCUUUUUGUGAGUUUGUCAUACACAGCUGAGAGUGCCAUUGUAACUGCUUUCAUUACCUUCAUUCCCAAGUUCAUCGAGUCACAGUUUGGUAUCCCAGCUUCCAAUGCCAGCAUCUACACUGGUGUUAUUAUUGUCCCCAGUGCUGGUGUUGGUAUUGUCCUCGGAGGCUACAUUAUAAAAAAAUUGAAACUUGGUGCAAGAGAAUCUGCAAAAUUAGCAAUGAUCUGCAGCGGUGUGUCUUUAUUGUGUUUUUCAACCCUAUUUAUUGUUGGAUGUGAAAGCAUCAAUCUAGGGGGCAUCAACAUCCCUUAUACAACGGGACCUUCUCUGACCAUGCCUCAUAGGAACCUGACAGGAAGCUGCAAUGUGAAUUGUGGUUGUAAGAUACAUGAAUAUGAGCCAGUGUGUGGAUCAGAUGGAAUCACGUACUUUAACCCCUGUCUGGCUGGCUGUGUUAACAGUGGUAAUCUUAGCACUGGGAUUCGGAAUUAUACAGAAUGCACCUGCGUCCAAAGUAGACAAGUGAUCACCCCGCCCACAGUGGGACAGCGAGGCCAGCUCCGAGUGGUCAUCGUCAAGACGUAUCUCAACGAGAAUGGCUAUGCUGUGUCAGGGAAGUGCAAACGGACCUGCAACACCCUGAUCCCAUUCUUAGUUUUUCUUUUCAUAGUCACCUUCAUCACAGCAUGUGCCCAACCGUCAGCCAUCAUAGUGACACUCAGGUCUGUGGAAGAUGAGGAGAGACCUUUUGCCCUGGGAAUGCAGUUUGUGUUGUUGCGAACACUUGCAUACAUUCCUACUCCGAUCUACUUUGGAGCAGUUAUUGACACCACCUGCAUGCUCUGGCAACAGGAAUGUGGGGUACAGGGCUCUUGCUGGGAGUACAACGUGACAUCAUUUCGUUUUGUCUACUUUGGUUUGGCGGCUGGCCUCAAAUUUGUUGGCUUUAUUUUUAUUUUUCUGGCCUGGUACUCCAUAAAGUACAAAGAGGACGAACUGCAGAGGCAGAGGUGCAGAGAAUUCCCUCUGAGCACCGUGAGUGAGCUCGUGGGCCAGCCCCACAAAGCCGAGAAGAAUGCCCGGACUAGAUCAUGUCCAGCCUUCAGCACCCAGGGAGAAUUCCACGAAGAAACUGCUCUACAAAAAGGGAUCCCAUACACAGCACAGACCUACCCGGGGCCCUUCCCAGAAGCAAUAAAUUCUCCAGACCCAGGGCUGGAAGAGAGCCCUGCUGCCAUGUAGCCUCACUCCCGAAGCUUGAACAUGGAAGACUUGUUUUGUUGGUUGAGUUGAAUAUGGUGGCUUGAGAAACACCUGUGCCUUCUCUCUUUUUUUAACCUCAACAGAUGCAAUCCUCAAACCAACAAAACUCCGUAUACACAGCCACUGUCGAUUGAGGGCUGGAUACCUCAACUAGACUGAGAGCCUUUCCCCUCUUUUCUCCAAGGAGGAGUUUAGAUACAUUUGUUACCACUUUUGCUAUGUUAAUUUAAUGCUCAUGCUCCAAUAUGGCAUAAGGCUGAGGACCCCGGUUAACCCAAAUCGUGGGAAAGGCAAUGGCCCUGCAUAUCAUUAGCAUACACUCCCAACAAAGGUGAACCUGACCAUGACCUUGCAAAUCCAAGUUUUUAGACAUGAACACCUACUGUGAGUUCUGCUACAAAGCACAAAUGAAUCUGCCUCAACUAUGCAAUUUAAUUGGAAAAAUGUUCAGUGCAGCAUGUUACUUUUGCUUAUAGAGAAUAAAGCAGAUAUGAUUUUGAAAAGAGGAAGAAGCUGAGGUUCCUUAAAGUACUGUUAAUAGCGUUUUAAGCCAUAGCGGAGCUGUCAAUCAGGUAGACUUUUUCAGAUGCUUCAAAGGAACCACAUGCAGAGCACAGUGAGAGGAACAGCUAUGCCGUUUCAUAGGACACAUUCUCUUUCAGUUUGUCUUCCCCAUCAUAAGGUAGUUAGAGGCUGCUGAAUCAUAAAUCUGAAGGCUCGAAUACAAACUCCAGAAUUCUUUAUAAGGGGCUUUAAAACUAGUAUGCUACAUAACAUGGCUAGAAAUUAAUUUGAGAUGCAUCAUGAAGAAAGAAACUGAUGGCUUUCUCAUCCAAGGAAAUUGCUGCAGAAAUCCCUUUAGCUCGUAAGGACUGACAUAAGAUUAGUUAAGAAUUGCAACCUUGACAUUCAAAAUAGGCGAAGAAGAAACUCCAGAGGUAAGAUUGAGUCCCACCUGAGCAUUUUAGUUAUAUGCUUAAAGCACUGGAGAAAUCUGUAUUGUUUUCUUUCUUUCUGUACAGAAAAUUGCUGUGGCUGCUGCUGGAAAUGAGUAAUUAAAUCAGGAAAGCUAAACCUGGGAUAUGAAAGUCACUUUGAAUACAGGAGGAGGGAGAUCUGUGGGCUGGACCUGAAAUAUGAUCCUAAGUAGAGAAAAUGAUUUAAACUACGCCAGUCUUAAAGUAGACAUGAAUUCGACUUUAUCAGAGUUAGAAUCAGUUUGAUUUACCUUUCCUUCCUUCCAGUGGAAUGCCUGCUGUGAUUUUGAGAGAGGAUUUUUCUGUUUUUAAAUGCACUUUGGGUUCCUUAUCCAUCAUUCUUUCCAGAACCUCCCAGCAUAUCAUUUAGACUUAGGCGCUGCAUAGGAUGCUUUUUAUGUGCUUCUUAAGAUAGGUGCCUCCUGACAGCACUAAUGGACUGACAGAAAGUUACUCAUGAGCUUUAACUGUGAGAGACUGAAAGGUCCAAACACAAAUAGAAUUGUGUAGUCUUUCUACAUAAGCCUACGCAGGUACAGAGCUAACUUGGGAAACGUGUUCUUGUCUGGUUGGCCCUCUUCCAUACAACAGUGGUCAGGCUUUUUGGCUGAAUCAUCCUUGUGUGGCUUCACAGGUGAAAUCAUGUGUCUGUUCCUUGGUACAGAGUAUUUUCCUCUUCACUUAGGAAUGACAUUGUUCAAAUGGUUCUCUUGGUGGCAAGCAGUUUGCAGAGAGGGUCAUUACUGUUACAUUAAACAAAGUCUGCAAGUGUCUCAGGUGACAGGGACUUCCAUUCAUCCCCUGCCUGGGCUUGGCUCUCUUGCUGGGCUAAGAUUGUAGUUCCACUGGUAUCUGUCAAACUUUGGUCAAUGUGGUGCACACCGACGGUUUGGAACACGUUGCUGAUGAACCCAGUGUCUUCUCUGGGACUCAGGGUUCCUCUUUACCUCUGUGGAAGACCUUGAUUCUUUUUAGAAUGGAAACUUUCCUUUAGUGUUGGAGCUGUAGAUGUGUAGAGUGGGGAGGGGUGGUGGUUUCUUAAUUUUUCUCUGAUCAUUAAGAUACCACACUAAGAGACUUCUGGUGGAGUUGGCACUGUUUUUUGGUAUUAAGAUUGUUGGACUCACCAUGAGUAAUUAUUGUUCUUCCUCAAAAGGCCACCAAUUCAGCAAUCAUGGACUGGGCACCAGCUACUUGUCAGGUACUAUUAACCAAUUAGCCUCUGAAAUCCAUGGAAUCUUUUGGGGUGAUUGGGCCAGAGCUCAAAGAAAUUGACCAGAAAUGUGCACCACAUGUUAAUAUUGUACUUCCUGAUACUUAUAUAUUUAUAUUAGGUGUAUCAUUGCAGUGUUGUUGGUAAAAAUGUAGAAUAAGUAGUAUAAGUCUUGAAGGAGUGAUUAUUUUGGAAUAAUAAUAAUAAUACCAAUUCAGAAUUGUUCCCCAAAUGCUUUGAGCUCUGGUAGCGUAAUUGGAAUGUGACCUAGCCAACUGAGCGACUAUUUUGUAGAUGAUACCAUCUAACUGUGUAUAUAAGGUCUUAUGUGUUUGUUAAUAAAUUGGUCAUGUUACUUUAUAGUCACACUCCUAUUAGAAGUUUUAAUUGCUACUCCUCAUGCACGUAGGCUUCAAAUUACUUGUUCUGGCAAAAGGUCAUCUUGUUCCUUUAUCAACUCUGUAAAUUACUGUAUUAUUUGCCUUUAAUAUGCAAAUAUAAUCCUUGAGUCCAUUAAUUUAGAAACACCCAAAGAGUGGGUGGGUGGUUGGAACACCUUCUUGGUUAUGUUCAUUGGUAUAAAAUCCUUAUUCCUGGUAGGUAAAUUUAUUUCUUGAAAACAGUUAACAGUCACUCAGAAUCAUGGUUUGGGGAGUGAGAGGAAAGGAGGAGCAGAGAGGACACAAAUGAUCAUUUGUGGAGUGUUGACUAUUUUUAGUGCUAUUUUAUCAAACACUUAAAUGUACAUCAUUCAUCUUCAUCCUUUUAAUAACUUGCAAGGAGUUUAUUGUUUUUGUUGUUUUUUUGGUGGUGCUGGGAUUGAACUCAGGGCCUCACAUGUGCUAAGCACAGACUCCACCAAGGAGCUACACCCCCAACCUUGUUUUUGUUAAUUUUAAAAAAUAGAUGUGAAUGUGAAAAGUAAAGUAACUUAUUUAGGAUUGUACAGAGGGGCAAAUUCAGAUAUAGGUUUCUCUCACUCCACUGUUCACUUUUUAUGCUACCUAAUGUUGAAAAUAGCUUUUGGUUAAUAAAGCAAGAUGUGAUUGUAAAAUAGUGAGGUUAUUUCAUUAUUUUAUGUAUUACUGUUUCUGAAGAAUAAAGACAUUAUUAUUUCUUUGUGUAGAUCGUAGAAAACACCUGUAGGAACCAUCAGCAUUUGAUGUUUAACUAGAUUUUUCAAAGUAAAUUUCAUUUGUUUAGCCAAGUGUAAUAUUAAAAAUCACUUGUCAAAACAAUACCUCAAAUAUUUUUAUAGUUCAUAUUUAACAUAGAACAAAUCCAAUUUGGGUGUUAACAUCUAGUUUCAGCAGAACUUCUGAAGAGUUCAGAUUUGUUGAAUGGGAGCUUUGGGAUUUCACAUGUAUUUUUUUUUUU